UGCUUCCUGUCCUCUGUGGUUUUCACAUCCGGAAGGUGGGGCUUUUGUUGCAGGAGCUUCUUUGCAUUUGGAGAACCAAUGCCUGGAAAUCCUCUAUUAAUGCAGUCAUCAAGAUAACACCGAGCGAGGGCACAAAUACAAAUCCUGCUUCGGGUUGUGUCAGAGAGUGUCUGGUGCAGAGAAGUGUGUGUGAGUGUGUGUGUGUGUGUGAGUGAGUGUGUGUAUGAGUGAGUGUGUGAAAGAGACACAAAGAAGAAUCCAGUGAUGGCUACCAGUAAAAGUAAAAACCAGAGCUCUCUGGCACUGCACAAGGUGAUAAUGGUGGGCAGUGGAGGAGUGGGGAAGUCAGCCCUCACCCUGCAGUUCAUGUAUGAUGAGUUUGUGGAGGACUACGAGCCCACCAAGGCAGACAGCUACAGGAAGAAGGUGGUUCUGGAUGGAGAGGAGGUCCAGAUCGACAUUCUGGACACAGCCGGUCAGGAGGACUACGCUGCCAUCAGGGACAACUAUUUUCGCAGUGGGGAAGGUUUCCUGCUGGUUUUCUCCAUCACAGAGCAUGAGUCCUUCAGCGCCACUGUGGAAUUCAGGGAGCAGAUCUUGCGGGUGAAGGCGGAAGAGGACAAGAUUCCUCUCCUACUGGUCGGAAACAAGUCGGACCUGGAGGAGCGUAGGCAGGUAUCUGUGGACGAGGCCCGAGGGAAAGCAGAGGAGUGGGGGGUACAAUAUGUGGAGACAUCAGCCAAAACCAGAGCCAAUGUUGACAAGGUAUUCUUUGACCUGAUGCGUGACGUACGAGGCAAGAAAAUGUCAGAAAACAAAGACAAAAACGGCAAAGGAAAGAACAAGAAGAACAAGAAGAGUUUCAAAGAAAGAUGCUGUUUACUUUGAACUUCAUGGACCUUAACAACCCAAAAUACAACUGUUCAGUUGGGGAACAAAGCAGAGCGCCCUUGCCAUUGCCAUUCAAAUUAAAUUUGAUCUUUUUUAAAUAGCUGGUCAUAGUUUAGUGUUUAGAACAAUUUCAACUACUUUUUUCUUUUUCGCCAUUUUUAAUUCAUGAAAUCUGAAGUUGCCGUCUCGAUGAAAGAUGUUGUGACUGUGACUUGACUACAGUGCCCAAUGACCAAACUGCCACUGACACUAACUCUGCUGCUCAAGAUAUUCUCCACUGUUUAACUCAGCGAUCAUACUGCCUUUUGACUUUGGUUCAGUAUGUUUUACACCAGAAUUGUCUUUGUCUAAACAGUGCUCUUAAUUUCUUUACCUGCUCUUUAAUCGUAACCUGCUCAGUCUAUGUUUGUAUAGACCCCUUGAAUAUAUGUUCAUCAAUUUACAAGGAACUCUAAUACUGCUGUCUGUCAUAUCUGUAAUCAUUUAUGAUGACACGUAAUGUCUUGUCUGUUGAUGAUGUUGGCCUCAUUCAUUCAUCGGUCUAGACUGAGCUCUCAGACUUCAGAGCGUGUUUUGAAUGGCUGUUGAAACUAGAAGUUUCACAUCUUUCGAGCUCUUGAGGCUGCUGUUUUUUCGGAUCAUCCAGUGAUAUGUGAUUUUCUGACCACAGACAGAAGAAUCAGACCUGUUGCCAAACAGUUUUUUUUUUCUUUUUUCUUUCAUUUUUAUGAGGUCUUACCACAAGUCAUGAGAAGCUUUGCGUUUUUUCAGCUGCUGCAAAAUAAUAUCUUUGGUGACUGUAAAAACAAAUUUAUGGUUACAGAAAGCUCACAGAGCUUCAUGUAGAUAUUUUAACAUCUGUUAGAUAUUUUAAGGCUGUGAAGAGAAAAAAAAGGUUGUAAUGUGGUUACUAGUUUUUUUUUGUUGCUGAUAAAUGAGAGAGCUGACCUGUUAUUCUAGACAGUGCUCUGCCAUGUUCAUGUAAUUUGGCCCUUCUCACCUUCUCACAGUGCAGCUUGAAGUUUGUACUAUGAGACAGGUGUUGACAAUCCAGGGGGCUAUCACGCUUCUUAUACAUAAUGGCAUUAUAAUCAGUAAUGUCUUAUUAACUCUCAAAAUCUCUGAUGUUCUUUUUAUUCCUCGGACUUUUGAAUAACAUGCACUACAUUUCAGAUACCUAAGAACUGGACUUCAUGUUGAAUGGAGUCACGCUGGAGAUUUUUAAACAGUUUGUGCCAACAAAAUCACACACACACAAAAAAAAAACAAAAUCAAACUAUGUUUGUGGAUGUAUAGUAUGUAUGUCAAUUAACUGAGUGUGCAUUUAGCAGGAAAUCCUACUACCUUUCUGUGUCUGUGUGAGUGAAGCUUUGACAAGGGCACCAACUUCUUAACUGUUGUUUAAUCAAGUGCUACAGUGAACAAGAUGUUUCUACCACUGCCUAAACCAUUCCUUGUAACAUGUCCUCCUUUUUGUUCCCCCUUUUACUUCCUACAGCUGUGAGUAUGCUUUUAUCUCUCUGCAGCGGGUGUUGCUGAAUAAAUGCUUUUUUUCUCCUUUGUAAAUA